UCCGGCCUCAACGAGAAUUACCCCACUUAGAUAACGCACCGCUACUGUGGAUUUUACGGACAUAUCUGGAUCCAAACAAAGACAUGGAUUGAUUCCCGCCACGUGCGAGUAAAUCACAGACACGCUGCAUUCAGAGAAUGAAGAUGCCUGAGGCCGGGAGUUAGAGCCCUCUACCAGAGAGAGCUUUACCAAGACUGGGGCUGGACCCAGAGACCCCUACCUGGGGGGCGAAGGACCCUCACAGCCCCGUGUGAGUCUGGACUAUGGGGGAUGGAGGCGCCUGUGCAACUGGAGGAGAUGGGGUGAACAAGUCCCAUGUCCUGUUCGACAGAUUCGUCCAGGGGACCACAUGUAAGGGGACGCUCAAGGCCUUCCAGGAGCUGUGUGACCACCUGGAACUUAAACCCUGCGAGUACAGGGUCUUCUAUCACAAGCUCAAGUCCAGACUCAACUACUGGAAGGCCAAGGCGCUCUGGGCAAAGUUAGAUAAGCGGGCAUGCCAGAAGGAGUACAAGAAGGGCCGUGUCUGUGCCAACUCAAAGUGUCUGAUAAUUGGUGCUGGACCAUGCGGCUUACGUACAGCUAUCGAGCUGGGUUUCCUAGGGGCCAAAGUGGUGCUGCUGGAAAAGAGAGAUGCCUUCUCUAGGAACAAUGUGCUGCACCUCUGGCCCUUCACAAUCCAGGACCUCAGGGGUCUCGGGGCCAAGAAGUUCUAUGGAAAGUUCUGUGCCGGUGCUAUCGAUCAUAUCAGUAUUCGUCAGCUUCAGUUGAUUCUGCUCAAAGUGGCUCUCCUGCUGGGCAUUGAGAUCCAUGUCAACGUUGAGUUCAAGGGUCUUAUUGAGCCCCCAGAAGAUCAAGAAACUGAAAGGAUAGGCUGGAGGGCUGAGGUCCACCCCAGGACACACCCUGUCAACGAGCUGGAGUUUGAUGUCAUCAUUGGAGCAGAUGGAAGGAGAAACACGCUACCAGGGUUUCGGCGUAAGGAGUUCAGGGGCAAGCUCGCCAUUGCCAUCACCGCUAACUUCAUCAACAGGCACACAUCAGCGGAGGCAAAGGUUGAGGAGAUCAGCGGGGUGGCCUUCAUCUUCAACCAGAAGUUCUUUCAAGACCUCAGAGAAGCAACAGGUGUUGACCUGGAAAACAUCGUCUACUACAAGGAUGACACGCACUACUUUGUGAUGACUGCCAAAAAACAGAGCCUGUUGGAGAAAGGGGUCAUUCUGCGUGACUAUGCAGACACAGAGAUGCUGCUGUCCAGGGCUAACGUGGACCAGGCUGCCCUGCUGUCUUACGCCUGUGAGGCUGCGGACUUCUCCACCAACCACCAGCUGCCCACACUGGACUUCGCCAUCAACCACUACGGCCAGCCCGACGUAGCCAUGUUCGACUUCACCUGCAUGUACGCUUCGGAGAACGCCGCCAUGGUGCGCCAACGCAGCGGACACGAUCUGCUGGUGGCGCUCGUGGGCGACAGCCUGUUGGAGCCCUUCUGGCCCAUGGGCACUGGCAUCGCCCGCGGUUUCCUGGCAGCCAUUGACUCAGGCUGGAUGGUGAGGAGCUGGGCGCAGGGAAAAACCUCUCUUGAGGUUCUAGCUGAGAGGGAGAGCAUUUACCGCCUACUGCCCCAAACCACGACAGAAAACGUCAGUAAGAACUUCAGUCAUUACAGCGUGGAUCCAACCACACGUUACCCCAACAUUUGCCUUAACUUCCUCAAGCCCAGCCAGGUGAGGCACCUCUGCGACACAGGGGAGUCAAAGGAAAUGCGCAUUGAAAUCGAGAAUGUGAUCAACUCGUCAACACCGAAGUUGGCCAGGAAUGAAUCCGUAGCUCGAUCCAGUAAGCUGCUGAACUGGUGCCAGAGACAAACGGAGGGAUACAGGAAUGUAAAUGUAACCGACCUUACGAUGUCUUGGAAGAGCGGUCUGGCCCUGUGCGCCCUCAUUGACCGAUACCGACCCGACCUCAUUGACUUUGAUUCCCUGGAUGAGCGAGACCAGGAGAAGAACAACCAGUUGGGUUUCGACGUGGCAGAGAGGGAAUUUGGCAUCUCGCCCUGCAUGACUGGCAAGGAGAUGUCUUCUGUGGUAGAGCCAGACAAACUCUCCAUGGUCAUGUACCUCAGCCAGUUCUAUGAGAUGUUUAAGGACACAGUGCCACCCGGAGAUAAUCACAAUUUGAGUCCUGAGGAGAAGGCGGCACUGAUAUCCAGCACCAAAUCACCCAUCUCCUUCCUCAGCAAACUUGGUCAGAGCAUAGCAAUAUCCAGGAAACGAAAUCCAAAGGACAAAAAGGAGAAGGAUGUGGACGGUUUGGGGAAGAGAAGGAAAACCAGCCAGUCUGAAGAUGAGGAGGUAUCCAGGACCGGCCGUGACGACAGGCCGUCCGUCCCAGCUAUCCUCUCGGAGAGAAAAAUGGACUCCUGCGCUGUGGGGAACCACAACAAAGUCAAAGUCAUGGCCACCCAGCUGAUUGCCAAGUUUGAGGAGAACGCUCCCCAGCCUACGGGACUCAAACGACAGGGCUCACUGAGAAAAGAGUUCCCCGUCAACAUCGGUGGCAGUGACGUGUGCUUCUUCUGCCGAAAGCGUGUGUACGUGAUGGAGAGGCUGAGUGCAGAGGGGAAGUUCUUCCAUCGCAGCUGCUUCAAGUGUGAAUACUGUAACACCACACUACGACUGUCAUCCUACGCCUUCGAUGUGGAGGACGGGAAAUUCUACUGCAAGCCCCACUAUUGCUACCGUCUGUCUGGCUACGCUCAGAGAAAGAGGCCUGCUCCCUCCCCUACUCCCAUCACUGCUAAGGAGAACCAGUCGCCCCAAACCCCUACGACGACAGUGGAUGCCCCAGGAAGGGCGACGGCAGCGACAACGCCCUCGGCCGAGCUCCAGCCCUCAGUACCGGAGGUCAACGGACUGCAGGAGCCCAGCCUAGCUAAGCGUCUGCGGGGAACUCCAGAGCGCAUCGAGUUGGAGAACUACCGUCUGUCCAUGCAGAGGGAGGAGGAGCUGGAGGAGGUGCCUGAGGAGACGCUGGCAGAACACAACCUCAGCAGUGUGCUGGACAAGGCCACAGACGCCGACCUUGGCUCCAGUAGCUCAGAGUCAGACAUGGAGGAGGAGGACGAGCAGGAGGAUCAGGAUCAGGAUCAGGAGGAGGUGGAACAGCAUCCUCUCAGCCCUUCAGACCUUGGCGGUGUCCCCUGGAGGGAGGCUGUAGAGCUCCACGCCAAACUGAGAGGCGACGAGGGAGAGGACGAGGGGGAGGCUCUGGCCGAUGCGGUCAGCAGAGACGUAGAAGUAGACGAAGACGAUGAAGAGUACGAGGAGGAGGAGGAGGAUGAAGAGGAGGAGGAGUCAAGCGAUGAGGGGGACUACUGCCCCUGGGAUAGAGAGCUCCAGUCAGGCUUUUGGCUGGAGAAGCACCUCACAGAUGAAGAGGAUGUUGGUACAUUUAAAGCAAGGAACCUACAGAUCCAACAAAUCCUGCAGCCUGUGGAUCCCCAGACCAUUCCAGGUUUGGUGAGAACACACCUGGACUCUGAGGGAGACAAGGAGGGCCAGCUGUCCUCAGCCUCCCAACUCUCCCAUCCCUCUGAGCUCACGCAGCCCUCCUCCACAGCCCCUGCCCACACAUCCGCCCGACACGAUGCAGUGAGAGUCUGGUUGGAGUCCAUGUCUGGAGAGCUCUGUGAGGAUGAAGAUUUGGAAGCAGAGGCAGACAGUCCAGAUAUUGAGCCCGGUACAGAGAUGGAUCAGGAUGACAUCCCUUCAGAUGCAGAAGCUGAGGCUCGUUUGCAUCCGUCAGAGCAUGCUGAAGUGCUUCCUGAGGAAGAGAGGAAAUCAGAAAGUCUGAAAAUGGCCUCCAGUAUUGAGCCAUCCAGCAUCGGCCCUCUGCAGAAAGAAGAUAUUGUUCUUUCCCCACUCAAACUGUCUCCAGAGCCUGAAUCACAGAUAACGCUGGCUAAGUCUCCUGGCACACGCUUUUUCCCAGAACCGUUCAUACCUGAGGAAAGGAAGGCUGAGAGGUCAACGCCAUCUCCUUCUCCAGCCGCCACGACACCACUGUGCCCUUCUUCACCUGCUCCAGUCCAGGAUCCUUCCUCUGCUCCUUCUUCUGCUCCGGCUGCUUCCUCUCCCAUCCUCCCUGCCUCAUCUCCCCUGAGUCCACUCACCAAAUCAGCCAUCAGCUCUCCAGCCAUCGAGUCACCUGUCAGAUCACCCGUCAGAUCUCCAGUCAAUUCACCUGUCGGCUCCCCGAUCUGCUCUCAGCCCACCCCCCUACCAGAGACUUGCACACCCAAAUCUCCGGUCUACCCUCACCGCUCUAUUUGCCCUCUCACGGGCAACCCCCUCUCCCCAAUCUGUGCUCAGCCUUUGCCCUGCCAGGAACCCUCGUCACCCCUCACCUCCGACUCUCCCGUCAGAACUCAGCCUGUCCCCGGCGUCACAUCGACGCCCAUGACUAAAACAGACAAGGGCGUGCCUGAACCCUCAAUUACCAUAGAUUCUUCAACAGAGGAAACUCCAUCUAAAAAGACAGAUAUCAUUGAGGAGUUUUGGAUGAAGAGUGCUGAGAUCAGAAAGAGCCUCGGUCUCACUCCUUUGGAUCGUAGUAGUAAAAUCUUUGAUAAGAGUAUUGUUAUUACUCCAGCACAGGACUCUACCCCCGUCAAGACACAGUCUCCAGAUGUGCCGGAGGAACAGAAGCCUGCCUUUACUGGCCGAGCUGUCAUUCGCAGACUCAACAUCACUCUUGAAGGUCAGGUCAUUACCCCCAUUGCUCCCGCGGAGCCCAAGAGUAAUGGCUCUGAUAGGAGGGACCUCAGCAGCAGCUCCGGUUUGGGGCUUAAUGGGAGCAUGGCCACGAGCCAGACAGCAAACAGUGACGGCUACAACACAUCUGACUCCACCAUGCUCACCCCACCCUCCAGCCCGCCACCACCUGUGCCUGCUAAUCAGUCUCCAGCCGUGUUCAGGCAGCAGAGACAUCAGGUGUCCUGGAGCAACCAAACAGAAAAACCUCCAUCUGAGCUCGCCAAAGAGCCGGCGAAAAUCAAGAGUCCUAUUCCUGCACCGAGGACCCAGAUGAGCCCCGUGGCCGCACCCAAACCCACGCCCAGGAAGGUGUCCUCGCCUCAGGCCCAUCCAGAACCAACUCCAGUGGUUGUCAUGAGGGAGAAGAAGAAGCCGCGGCCGCAGGAGGUGAGGAAGUCGUUCGUGGAGACGGUGGAGGAGAUCCCGUUUGCUGAUGACGUGGAGGAUUCCUCCGAUGAGCGGACGCCAGAAAAGAGCAUGAACAGGUACUAUACUCCACCCACCAGCAAGGCCAGCAGGGACAGACCUCCCCUGCAUCUGGCUCUAGCAAUGGAAAACGGUAAACCCAACAUCCCUGUCAACCAAGCCCUUAAAACCCAGAAGGCAACUCAAUUCUCACCAGAGGCCAAGGAGAUCGCAGAGGAGAGAAUGAAGGCCAGAGAAAAGUCAGUCAAGAGCCAGGCUCUGAAAGACGCCAUGGCCAAGCAGCUAAAUAAAAUGAAAGAGUCUGACGUAGACAGGGGUGCUUCACCUAAAGUGGCCUGGAGCGUAACACCAGACGUUACCGGGAAAAGUAAAAAGUCAGCCGGAUCUCCGAAGACAUCAGCGAUGAAAGCUCUGGAGUCGAAGAAAGCAGAGACUAUACCGGAGCGUUUCUUCAGCAGCAACAAGAGUCUGGACAGCUCGGUGGCUUCGUCAGACGGCUCCUCAUCGAGUAAGAGCAAGAAACGAAGCUCCCUCUUCUCGCCACGCAAAAAUAAGAAGGAGAAAAAAUCCAAGAACGACAGCAGCAGGCUCUCCGGCACAGAAGAGACACCGCCCAAACACAAGUCACUGUGGAAGGCCGUCUUUUCAGGGUACAAGAAGGACAAAAAGAAGAAGGACGAUAAAUCUUGUCCGAGCACGCCAUCCUCGAGCUCCACCACUCAGGACUCUGGGAAGAAGAAAACUUCGCCACCCGGGAAAUCUUCAGACUUGAAAUCACGCAGAAACUUGAGUUUCUCUGAGGACUCCGACCUGUCCUGUGAUGAUGUUCUAGAGAGGUCCUCCCAGAAGUCAAAGGCAGAUUCUGUUUAUGUCCCUCACGCACUGGCGUUCAAGAGAUCGUACGCCACAAAGAAAACCUACACAGAGGAAGAGCUGAAUGCCAAGCUGACACGAAGGGUCCAGAAAGCUGCACGACGGCAAGCCAAGCAGGAGGAACUGAAGAGGCUGCACAGAGCCCAGAUCAUCCAGAGACAGCUGGAGCAGGUGGAGGAGAAGCAGAGGCAGCUGGAAGAGAGGGGCGUAGCUGUGGAGAAAGCUUUGAGAGGAGAAGCAGACUAUUGGGGAGAUUCUAAUUACAGUGAAAUCCUGGACUUGCAUCUGGGCGGCAUGGGCAAGAAGGACGAUCCCAAGUUGAUGCAAGAGUGGUUCAAACUGGUGCAGGAGAAAAAUGCCCUGGUCCGCUAUGAGUCAGAACUCAUGAUAUUUGCUAGAGAGUUGGAGCUGGAGGACCGACAGAGCCGACUGCAGCAGGAACUCAGGGAGCGCAUGGCAGUGGAAGACCACCUGAAGACGGAGAAGGAGCUCAGUCAAGAGAAGCAGAUCUUGAAUGAAAUGUUGGAGGUGGUGGAGCAGCGCGACGCCCUGGUGGCCCUCUUGGAUGAGCAGAGGCUUCGGGAGAAGGAGGAGGACAAGGACCUGGAGGGCGUUAUGCUCUCCAAAGGCUUCAACUUCAACUGGGUUUAAGAGGAUUGAAAUAAUUGCCCAUCAAGUCCUGGGGAAAAAAAAGACUUGAGAGAGGCGUUCUUGGCCUCACAUGGACAGAAGAGUCUGCUGAACACCUGCAGCAGUGAAUGUGCAAAGAUUCCCUCACACACACACACACACACACUCACAAACACUACGACUGCCUCUGGCAUUGACGCAGUCUGCAACGUUUACGUAUCCUCUGCCCGAAAGCAGUCCCAGUUAAUCACUUUGCAGUUUUGCUUCGUCUCCCUGGAGAGGCGAGUACAUUCACAGCUUUAUCAUCCCAGCCUUGAAGUGGAUACUUUCAAACGGAGAGGGGGUGGGAGCUUUGGGAGAAUGUUUAAAGACUUGUUCCAUUCUCGAUCAUCUAAAGGGAAGAAUGCAGUUUGGUCCUGCUGAUGUAAAGGAAUUGUAAAGAUGUGUGUUUUUGUGUAUAGUUGUGUAGAACAAGUCACAUUUUUCGGCGGAUGAGGACCCUCUCUUUUCCGAACAGGACUGCUACAGAGGUGUGUUUAAAUGCUGGAGUAAGGUCACCAGUCUCAAUCUCAGAUUACCUGUUUCAGUCUGACCGUAGGACGAACAUCCUCUGCUGAAGCUGCCUUUCUGUCCAGUGACGAACGGACAUCUGCAUCCUUAUGAACCAUAAAUACUCCAUACAAUGCUAUUUUUUUUCCCCCCUCACUGAUUCUUUUAGUGAGUCAGCACUAAAAAUCUAUAAAAUAUGGCCAUGGUUUUUUUGUAUUUAUAACAUUUGUUUGCUUUUAACGGAUACAUAUUUUUGUUUUGUUUUGCAUUCACAGGAGAGUUCCCAUGAUCUCAUUAUCCUGCACCCAUAAGCCAUUGCAUGUCAGGAAUGAAGGUUGCAGGCACAUAUAAGAACUUUAACCUUGUCCUUUAUAGCUAGGGCAUAGAAUACAGACAUAUACUAUAUAUGAACACUUAAGCAUUUCACAUGACUCGAUAAUGAUGGGCCUCUCCUUGACAUGCUGUUCACUGUAUAUCACAAUGACAAUUGACGUUUACAUAGUCGAGAUUGGAUGUUUAUGAUUCCUACACUGGUAAACAGUAGCGAUGUAAACCAACUGUUGAAUGGAUUUACCUUUUGAAGGAACUGUGUCCUCAAGUUCAAAUAUGUUUCCUACCGUUAGUGUCAACAUCGGGAUAUCAUUAAUAAAGCCGAUUUCACUGUUAAUGGAGAUCAGCAUAGCUUACAUUACUCAUUUUGUGCCACAGGACUGUCUCUGUUGGUAGAUAUGCUGCAAUAUCUGAAGAGUACACCACAAGGACUUACACACUACACACCACUCUCAUCCUUAUAUGGCAGUGUUAAUACUUUACCCUUGAACAAGAUGCCUUUUUGAUUUUCAUUCUCGAUAGUAAAGUUAUAUUUUAUUUUUCUGAGUUGACUUGUCUUUGAGGUAGUCACAUAUGUGUAUCCCACUGGAACUCAAGAUUUUUACUUUUCUUUUUCAAAUACUUUUAUACAGCAGGUCCCCAAACAAACACAUGGGUGAUUUUUAAUGGGGCCGCUGAAGAAAUGCAAAUUGCUUUAUGAGCAACUGGUAUCAAACAGGAACAUUAUGGUUUAUCCGGUGGUCAGUCAAAUCUAAUAGCCUUUUUGACAACUGUAAAAAAUCCAGGUGGUCACUGUUUUACAGCACAGAAACACUAGUGGCUAUAUUUAUGACUUGGUAUGACUUGUGAAUAAAAAGAAGUGGCUCUUAAAAAGUCAUUUUAAGGGUGGUUGCUUUAGAUGAUGUGUGACAAGUUUGACAUGAUUGUAUUGAUAUUUAUUAACAUGUGUGCAAACUGUAUUAUAUGUAAAGAAAAUGAAUCCUAAUUUUUAAACUGUUCUGUUGACUCAUGACUUGUAAUGUAAGUGCUUCAUGUAGCUAAAUGCAUAGGGGUGUUGGAUGUAUGCUGAAAACGGCAAUAAAACA